AUUCAUGCCGCUGUGAUUUUUGUGCUGUCGUAAACCCACCAUCAAAUCGCCGCCUCCACCACCAUCCAUCCACAACAGACAACAGACACACAGACAGACAAACCUUCAUCAUGGACAUUCAAUUGUGCACCAUCGAUGAUGAGCUCAAGGCUGUGCUCAAGAAGUUUCGCUUUCGCAAGGAAAAGAACAAUGCCGCCGUCAUCAUGAAGAUUGAUAUGAAGUCACGCCAGGUCGUUGUGGAGGACGAGCUGGAGGAUGUCACAAUCGAGGACGUUGCAGAGGAGCUGCCCGAAUUCAGCCCACGUUACAUCGCUUACAGCUAUUGCCACCACCACGCCGAUGGCCGCUUCAGCGUGCCCCUGAUGUUCAUCUACUACUGCCCCGGAGGUGUCAAGCCCGAUCAGAACAUGCUGUAUGCAAGCACGAAGACGGCUGUUGUCAACGAGAUCAACAUCACAAAGGUGUUUGAGGUGCGAUCGGCAGAGGAGAUGACCGAGGAGUGGAUGAAGCGCCGCCUCAACUUCUUCGACUGAAUUCAGUCAUAUGACGUCUUGUUCUGUAUGCGACACCAUAAAAAGUACAACCUUACACGCCGCCUCCACCACCUCCACCACACUGCUGAAGACGACGACGACACAGCCAGCAACAACAACGAUG